UAAAGCAAUGGCUUAUGUUGUUUUAAGCUAGGUAGGUUAUGUUAAUGCCCACCGCAUCAGAAAUCCAGCCUUUUUAUGGCAUGGAGUAUGGAAGAAAGGAAAGGCCUAUCCAGAUGUGAAGAUGAAUGCAUAGAAGUUAAUUUGAUUGCAGAAGAGGUUCCCUAUUUGAACUGUGGCAGAUGGCCUUUUACUGACUUGGGGACCUCUUUCCACCAUAAAGAAGGCCUUAUCAAGACCGAGCAUACAAAAGCCUUGGAGCCAAGUGUAUUCCUGCACCUCUGAUUCACCAUUUGUCAUUGAUUCAUCACUAUAAAAAGAGCCUGCACUUCCUGUAUCUCUGAUUCUCAAUUAAAUUAUCCAGAACAAUAUAUCUGAUCAGGUAUAGUUGAGUUAUAGAUAAAAACCCAGAGAAAAAAAGUUAGAGAUUAGGUGAGUGCAAAUAUGAGUGUCUCUGAGGAAGGAGUUCAUGCUUUUGGGUGUUCUGGUGUUGUUGGAGGUGAUAUUGAGAUGUCUUCUGUUCACAGAGUUAGUAUCAGGCCUCCAGAAAGGAUGCUGAAAUCUGUUAGGGACUCUUUAAAAGAGACCCUUUUCCCUGAUGAUCCCUUCAAACAGUUUAAGAACCAGCCUGCCAAAAGAAAGUUUUUGCUGGGAGUUCGAUAUUUUUUUCCAAUUCUUGAAUGGGCCCCCAGAUAUUCCCUGAAGCUUUUCAGGUCGGAUCUUAUCUCUGGUAUAACCAUAGCCAGCCUUGCAAUACCACAGGGUAUAAGUUAUGCAAAGCUAGCCAAUCUUCCUCCUAUCGUUGGGCUCUAUUCUUGCUUUGUUCCACCAUUGAUAUAUGCAGUUUUUGGGAGCUCAAGGGACAUUGCAUUGGGAACAGUGGCCAUUGCAUCAAUUAUUUUAGGCUCAUCACUUUCCAAGGUGGUCUCCCCAACAGAAGACCCAGAGCUUUAUUUCCACUUGGCCUUGACUACAACCUUGUUUGCUGGAAUUUUCGAAGCAGGCAUGGGCAUUUUCAGGUUGGGAUUCAUCAUAGACUUUCUGUCACAUCCAACUAUAGUAGGUUUUAUGGGUGGAACUGCUACAGUUGUAUCUCUUCAACAGCUAAAAGGUGUUCUUGGGCUCAAGAAUUUUACUAAAGAGACAGACAUAGUGUCUGUUAUGCGUUCAAUAUGGGGACAAACUGACAAGUGGCAAUGGGAGACCAUAGUGCUUGGAAUAAUAUUUCUCUGCUUUUUACUCGUCGCUCGUUACAUUAGUAAGAGGAGAAGCAGACUAUUCUGGAUUUCUGCACUUGCUCCUCUAACAUGUGUAAUUGUUGGCACCUUGGUGGCCUUUGCUACACAUGCUGAGAAAAGGGGUGUUGACAUUGUUGGUCACUUGAAAAGUGGCUUAAACCCAGUGACUAUCAGUGACUUUGUCUUUGAUGGAAAAUAUCUGAAGACUGUAGUACAAACAGCACUGAUAAGUGGGCUUGUCACACUCAGUGAAGGAAUAGCAAUUGGUAGAAGUUUCGGAUUGAUUAAUAACUACCAUAUUGAUGGCAAUAAAGAGAUGAUUGCCAUUGGCAUGAUGAACAUUAUAGGUCCCUGUUUCUCUUGUUACCUCACAACGGGUGUCUUUUCAAGGUCAGCUGUGAACUUCAAUGCUGGCUGCAAGACAGUAGUAUCAAACAUUGUGAUGGCCAUUGGAGUGAUGUUAACUCUUCUCUUCUUGACUCCGCUCUUUCACUACACUCCCCUUGUAGUCCUGUCAUCCAUUAUAAUCUCAGCCAUGCUUGGGUUAAUUGAUAUAGCAGGAGCUUAUCAUCUCUGGCAGGUGGACAAAAUUGAUUUCUUAGUCUGCAUGGGAGCUUUUUUUGGAGUGGUCUUUGGAGAUAUUGAAAUUGGUCUUAUCACAGCGGUGGUCAUUUCUAUCUUGAGAUUGAUACUGAACGUUUCAAGGCCUCGUACUGUAGCUCUUGGAAAUAUCCCGAACACCACAAUAUACAGAGAUACUGAGCAGUAUACAGAUGCCACAAGGGUUCCAGGAAUUAUCAUUCUACGCAUUGAUUCUCCAAUAUAUUUUGCCAACUCAAACUACUUGAGAGAAAGGCUAAUGAGAUGGAUAGAGGAUGAAAAGGAUCUUCGGGUUAAUGAAGAUAUAUUACACUAUGUUAUUCUGGAUAUGUCCUCUGUGCCCAACAUUGACACCAGUGGAAUAAGAAUGUUGCAAGAGCUUAAGAAGAACCUUGAUAACAAACAUCUUCAGCUAGCAUUGGCCAACCCUGGUGUGGGUUUGAUGGAAAAAUUCAUCAAGGCAAAGUUCACUGAAUUUCUGGGACAAAACUGGUUGUUUCUCACAAUUUCUGAGGGUGUGACAAUCUGCAAUUCCUUUAUAAAUGAUUGUAAAUCGGAUAUCGAUGAUAAUAACGAGGGCGGUGACAAAGAUGAAUUAAAUGUCCAUUACACGGCAGCAAGACAAGAAAGAAAGCCAGUUGAGAUAACAAGGCACUCCAAAGCAUGGCAUUCAAUUUCCAUCACACUUACCAGAAGCUCAGAAAAUUUGCAAUGUCACUGUCAUAUAAAAAUGCCUAGCUGGUUUUAAGAGUUAGAGAAGGCUUAUAACUUCAAAGAUGCCCGGUCUUUUUGUUUCAUAAUCUAUAUUCUUGGGAAUCAAAUGGAAGAAAUCCAGUUUGUUCAACUCAAUGCACCAAAUUGUGUCUCAUUUCAUCAAAAAUGAUACCAUUUUAGGCGAUGACAGUAAAUGAUUUUUGGUUGUA